AUGGCCGCAGUGUCGCCUGCCCCUGCCCCAUCACACCCCAUCCCAGAGUGGCUGAAGGGCCACAACCUGACGGGCCCCUUCAUCAGCGGCACCUCCCACCGCGUCUUCGUCCUGGGACAGAACCCCGCAGACGCCGAGGACGCGGAGGCCAAGACCCCUGCAGCGCGAAAGUCGGGCCUGAAGACCCGCAGCAGCGGCCCCGCGGCGGCCAGCGAGGCCAGCGGCAGCGCCUCCCGCGCCUGGCCCGUCUCCCUGGCCGACCUGGUGAGCGCAGGCCUGCUGACCCCGGGCCCCGACGCUCUCAGCGUGCUGUACAAGGGCAGCACGCACAGCGCGGCCCUGCUGGCAGACGGCACCAUCCGCUACGACGGCAAGGCCUACGGCAGCGCCUCGGCCUUCUCCAUCCACGUCAAACGCCUGAUCACGCCGGACAAGCAGGGCGACGACGGCUGGAAGAGCGUGCUCUACCAGGGCAAGCCCCUGGACGUGUACAGGCGUCAGCUGCGCGACACCAUGAGCGAGGCGGCGGAUGAGGACAGCGGGCCCAGUGAGGACGAGGAGGGGCCGGGGGAUGGCGGCACGGGGGGGACCUCGACGCGCCGCCCCCGCCGCCUCGGCCGCCCCGGCCGGCAGCGGCCCAGGCUCCGCCGGCGCCGAGGACGCGCGCUCCGACGCGGAGACCCCGCCGGCAAGCAAGCGCGCGCGGACGGGCGAGGGCAGGCCCGCCAGCCCAGGCUCUGGAAAGCCGCCCAGCGGGCGACACAGGUCGGCCGCCGCCCGUCCGAGCCGGUCGCGGCUGGGGCGGGUGGGGCCCGACCCGGCGGGGCCGAGCCCCGCUGGCGCGGAGGGCGCGGGGCGACCCGCGGCGGAGCAGGCCUGGGUGCAGUGCGACGCGUGCCACACCUGGCGUGCCGUGCCUGA